AUGGGUAAGGAGGUCAGCUGCGCACAUCCACACACAGACACACAUUCCAAUACGCAAGUGUCGGACAGGAUGGCCUCUGCGGCAAGUAACCAGGCCGUCGUUGGUCAUUGGAUUAGUUUGCCAUGCAUAGGUGAGGCCCCAUUAACAGCGUCGCACGUAGAACCGGACCCAGCAGUUACGAUAACCAGUCGAGGAGCUUUUCGUUCUGCUGGAGCAGUGCUGCAACCGCUGGGGUUUGGAAAAAGGGGGCAGAUUGUGGGGGUAAAACGGGAAACAGGGGAAUCUCCGGGGGAGUGUUUAAAGCAUACUGUGGCAGACGGUGCACCGUCUGCGGCAUCAAAUAUGCUGGCUGGUUGGAUGUGGACGGAACGGAUGUGGAAUGCUGCGGAGCGCGCUCAGGAGUCGAGUGGAACAAAGUACGGGGAGGCGACUGCGAGAAGCUGGGGUAAGGCGGGAGGUGUGGCACCGUCAACCUUAGUUUCUUCGGAGAUGGACUGA